AUGUCGCUGGCCACGGAGCUGGUGGCCGGUGGCUUGGCCGGUGCCGUGGGCAUCAUGGCCACGCAGCCCAUGGACACCAUCCGCAUUCGGCUGCAAAGUACCAGCCAUGCUCUGGGACGAGCGCCCUAUGCUGGAAUCAUUGAUUGCUGCAGGUCUGUGCUCAAGACAGAAGGCCUCAGGGGUCUUUGGAAAGGAUAUGCUUCGCCAACCUUCACAGUUGGCGGGAUGAACGCGAUCCUCUUCUUAACCUACGAGGCCACCAGCCGCUUUUUGAGGGAUCCUUCGAAGAAGGAGGACUCCUUGCAGUCCGGCAGCCCAGAGAAGACCGUGUUUCUGGCCGGCUGCGUGGCCGGCAGUGGCAGCGCAUUGAUCAAUGGACCCACGGAGUUGGUGAAGGUCUUAGCACAGACCAACUUGAAGAACAAAGGCACCUUGAGUGCCCCCGGCAGCGUUCAGCAGCGUUGCAGCGUUUUACAAGGUGUUUUUUACGUUUUAACGCGGGGGCGUUGGUUUAAUGGGUCUUUUUGGGGUUGA